UGUUUAGCCUUCGGUUUCAGCGUUCGCAUAGCAAUUGAUCGUUGCUGAUUUUCAAAAAAAAUACGAAAUGGAAAAAAAUUUUGACCCGAAAAACACGUGGACCUUAAAGGUAAAACGUUGGUUUUACAAAGUCGAAUGGAAACCAAUUUUACAACACAUCGGGCUUCUUUUAGCCCUAAUGAUUUACACCGUUAUUGGAGGUUUGGUUUUCAGAACGUUUGAAUCACCAGCAGAACUUACAAAAAUAUCAAAAAUAAACGCCACUCUUUACACAAAUCGUUUAAAACUGGUUGAAAAUAUUGUGAAUACCAAAGAUAAUGUAAUGGAAAUAUACGAACACAUUGACAAUUAUAGUAAAGUUUUAAGACACGCUUUCGAAAAUGGAUUUCAAGACGUGUGGUUAACAUCAAAACCAACCGAAGAAUCCGAAAAAUGGAACAUGUUAACAGCCGUUUUCUUUUCAUCGACCGUUUUAACAACAAUCGGUUACGGAAAUAUCGCACCUAUGACAUUUGGAGGUCGAGCUUUUUGCAUUUUCUUUGCCUUAAUCGGAAUUCCUUUGACAUUAACAGUUUUGGCGGAUUGGGGAAGAAUUUUUGCAACAACUUUAUCGACAAUCGUUAAUCAUAUCCCUUCGUUACCUAUAAAAUGGUCCCCGAAUGAAUCUCAAAGAACUUCUUAUUUCGUUUUAUCAGCAGUUAUUUUUUUAUUUGUUUAUUUAGCAUUUGGUGCUGGAAUUUUCAUUGCAUUUGAAGAUGAUUGGACUUUUUUCGACGGAUUUUAUUUCUGUUUUGUAACAAUGACCACAAUUGGGUUUGGUGACUUAGUUCCAAAACGACCAAAGUACAUGCUUUUAUGUACUCUUUAUAUUUUAAUCGGAUUAGCGUUAACUUCGACUAUUAUUGAAUUGGUUCGAAGGCAAUACGCGCAAUCUUGGCGACAAAUCCAAGCAUUAUCUGGCCCUUUUGCCGAACAUUUAAGAAGAUUAGCUGAAAUUGCACCGGGGUUAGAUAUUUUGGCAUUUCAACAAGAUUUAAGAAGGGUUUUAACGGUUACUUCAAAACGUGGACCUGCGAAUGAUAAAAUUGACCAAAGACAACAACAAAAAGAAUGGGAAGACGCCAUGGAAGCUGUUAUAAGAAACAUUACUGAAGGUGCUAAAAAUAAGAAGGAACGACCUGUUGUGCAAAUUGUUAUUUAUGAAACUUCUGUGUAAAUAAAAAUCUAACAAUAAAUACUUAACAAAUAG